AUGUCGAUAUGGAUGGAAGGAAACAAAAAUCCCAGAUGGAACACUGUCAUGGAUUUCGGACUCCAUGACCCAUCUCUCCGAAACAACCUCCUCUAUCUCAAUUUCAACUUCCAUUGCCGUCGAACCUUGGGUGACAAAUUCAUCGGCCGAGUCAGUGUCCCCAUCAAUCCCCUCCUCGCCAUGACAUCUGGAAAUAGUACCGCUUCUCAGGUGGUCCAGUAUCCAGUUAUGACGUCUUCUGGGGAGUUGCGUGGCAUUGUAAACUUCUGCUUCGGAUUUGGGAACUCAAUUCGUCCAUUGGGACCACAACAACCGGCUCCGCAGUGGCGGCCACCACGACCACCACAUGUAGUGCUAGAGGCCAAACAACCGGCUCCGCAAUGGCAGCCAACACGACCACCACAUGUAGUGCUGGAGGCCAAACAACCGGCUCCGCAGUGGCAGCCAACACGACCACCACAUGUAGCGAUGGAGGCCCAACUUGAACGUCACUGGGGGCAGAGUUAUUAUACAAGUGAGCCACAGACACUGCAAAACCAAGUCAAUUAUGGUAGUAAUGCUCAGGCCAAUGAUGAUCAAGCCAAUCAGUAUGAUUAUGGUGAUCAGGCCAAUGAGUUUGAUAAUGAUGAUUAG